AUGUGGGCAAGGUACAUACUGCAACUUGCAAUUGCCAAUUCUUUAUUUCUUCUCACUAUACCGUUAAGUGCAUCGGAGAAAAUUAACCAAGCAUGGUUGUAUUCAACUGGAUUGUGCAAAGGAAAAGAAACAAUUCUCUUUCUCAAUUAUUAUGCUUCCAUCAUAUUUAUAACGAUUUUGAGUGUUGAUCGAUAUUUCUCGGUUUGCAAAGGAUUUAAAAAUGUUACAAAAAGGCGAUAUUGGAUACCUACCUAUGUCAUAACAAUCAUAACGUGGAUCUGUUCUAUUAUUAUUUGUAUUCCGAUAAUGCUUUACAGUGGAAAAUUUAAAUCAGGAAGUUAUGGAAGUUGCGUUUGCGCAUACGAUUUUCCUGAUCCGAAUAAAUUAACUGGUGAGGAUUUUUGCUUAGCAAAUAACUUCACGACCGCUGAGAAAUUGGAAGAUUGUCUUCGAUGGGCCCCGAAAGUGGGUCAAAGUGACAAUAAAUGCCCCGAAAAAUGGGGAAUAAAAGAAGAUAAUAUAACCGAAUAUGGAGACUACAAUAUGGAAUACGAUUAUUCUGGACAUGAACAAAUUCUUCUCGGAAACGAAAGCAGUUUCGACGAACUUACCUACAACGACGAAGCAACAGAUUUAAGUGACGUUUUGACUAUUGGAUGUCAUUACCACACCCAUGGAGAACCGCUCAAUAUUUUUCUUUACGUCAAUUUUUUCGUCAUGUUCCUACUUCCGUUUAUGGUUAUUUGUGCUGUAUACGUCACAAUUAUCCGGCGUGUCCGAAAUGUAGAUACAAAUUUACAACCAUCAAGAGAAUUUGCGAUAGCUUCCGUCUCAUUUCCGGAUGAUGCCAUGGGUCAAGAAAAACAGGAGGUUCAAAAGCGAACGAAUCGGCAACGACGCGUCACUGUGAUGUGUGGACUGAUAUUGAUAACAUUUGUCAUUUGCUGGUUGCCAUUUCAUGCAACACAUCUCGCGAAAAUUGUUGGAAUUCACGCCGAUUCGAAGAGUAAUAUCUGCCAGAACCUUGGAAUUAUGACGUCAUUAUUUGCAUACAUGCACGCUGCCAUCAACCCUUAUUUGUAUAUUUUUGCCAGAGGAACCAAAAAGCUUAUAAGGACAUUCGUUCGUGGGAAGCGUGAAAUGAUCAAGGCUACAACAGCAAUCACAAAAACCAUUGCAACUCAUUCGUCUUCCGCAACAUUUACUGAUACCAAGAACCCAAAGGAAACAGAAAUGAUAGGAAAAGACGGAGCAGCUUCACAAGGAGAAAACAAGCCGUUGCCACAAAUUUCAGAAGUUACCGUUCUGUGACCAAAACGGUCGCUCUUGUUCUGCGUUUGAAAACUUCAUUUGUUUAUAUAAUACAAUAACGCCAUAUCAAUACACCACCGUUUUUCCACCUCACAUGUCUUUUUUAUUAGAGUUUGUGAGACCAUAAUGCAGUAGUAUCAAAUCCUUACAAUACCUGUAGUCUGCGAUAGAACCCCAACAAGGUUUGCAAUUUUUAAUUUUGUGACGUAUGAUCGAUCGGUGACCUAAAUCUGUAAGCGAAUCUUAUGUGUUUUCAGUCGUCGUGCUGUUUAGCGAAAGUGGUGCACAUUACGGAUAAAUCUUUUUGAUUGGCAUACCACCUAAAAAGUUUGUAUGUAUGUAUGUUUAUUCGUCUCGUAACAGUGAUAAAUAAUAAAAUUGGCAAUUAUUAUUAUUUAAGACGAGAUGUAUGCACAAGACCUACCGGACUAAAACACAAAUGUGCGGCAUGCACUUCUUUUGACGAAUAUAAAACAAAAAACAUAAGAUUAAAUAUGUAUAAUAUGGUCCCUUAUAUAACCAGUUGUGCAAGGUGGGGCGAUGGGUCGGUUGGUGUGGUGAAAUUGGUAAGGGUGGAGUGUACAAAACUGUUUAUACAGGGGAGUUUAUAAGACAAUAUAUAUAAAUAGAGACAACACAACACCAAAUACAUAAUGAUGAAAUCAAAAUUUAGGCGUAAAUACAGCAAGUAAGUUCUCCAUUGGUAUAUAUAUAUAUAUAUACUCCUGGAAAGCACCCACGAGAUCGUUUGAGUCGUUGCAGUCGGGGACGACUCAAACUAAAUGCGGUUGCCCCUUACCGGAGAUAGUUCCGGUCAAACAAUGGUUCUUUUAACCCUUUUAGGUUAAAAAUUUUUAUACUUAUUCCGGGCAGCAAAAAUCCGAUAAGACAGCUUAAGCAUACGUGGAAGUCUUUCGUCAGGUUACCAGUUCAUGUCGAAUGUGAAAAAUAAGUCAUAUAUAUAUACGAACAUACGGCUGAUGGUUAAAACGUUUCUGCAUUAGAAACAUGUCGAUGUUAAAUCAGCAAUUUUAAAGAACUGUCAGAAUACUUUAGUUGUACAGCUGUUGGACAGUUUUGGCUUACCACCAAUAUACAUAUUUAUACAGUAUACAUAUUUAUCCCGGAAGAAAAAGGCGAUAGAACAGCUUAGUCAUACGACGAUAUUCGGCCUCUCGUCCGGCUCCCAGGUAACUUCACGCAUGGCAUUAGUUGGCCAGUUAUUGUUUUCGGAUGUACGGAUUACAUAUGUUAAAGAAGGCGUAAUCAACCAACCUCGCGUGAACUACGGCGAGGAGUCUAUUCAAUAAAUUCUCUCGCACAUGAUCAUCCCCCACGGGAUUCGAACCUGCGAACCCACUCAGGGUAACCAGAGGUGCGGUGGCAAGUGUAUUCCUAACGCCUAGCACGAUUGGCGUAAACGACGAUCCACACCUGUUAAUCUAUAUGCACCAACCUCAAAAUCUUCAUAAAAAUGUCAUAUCAUUCACCAAAAAUGUCCCAAGUUUCACUGCAACUAAAUUAGUAGAUCCAAUUCAAGUGUUUUUAAAUAUAUAUUCUCGAUAGAAAAAAGAAUAAUUAGUUUCCUCAUUUCUUGCAGCUACGAAAAAUCAAAUUUGUCAAUUUCAAAAAAUCUGAAAGAAAAGUUCCAUCUGUCGAUUAGAUACGGACAAAUACGUCGGUGUAGUUGAUAAAUUAUUUGGCACAAAUUGACAUAGUGAGAUGAGUUUUUAAAAUGUAUAAAAAUUUUCAAAUAUACUUUUAUUAAUGAACAAAUCAAAACUAAAAACAUUAAAUUUUUUUUUGUAAAUCAACAAAAUUAGAAUUGCAAAGAAUCAUUAUCUUUCAACAAAUAAAAUAUUACAAAACUCAAAAUAGGCCCAUUUUCAUUAAAUUAUUCCACUAUAUAAAAAGGCAUAACAAUAUCAGAUGCAAUUAGAUAUUUUCGAUAAGAGACUGAUUAGUGUCAUGAUCAAGCUGUAAUACAGUUAUCUUGAUUCUCAAAGGCAAUUUUUUCCAUUGGAAGACUUGUAUCAGGGAUGUGCAACCUUUUUUGUUGCUGGGCCAUAAUUAUGACCAACCUCAGACGCCUAGCUGUGCUCACAAUGCAAAAGGGCGAAAAAUUUAACUCAGCAACAAGAGUUGAAUAAAUAAAACAUGUAUUUUCACUCAUGUGGGCGCCUUUUUAAACAUAAAUUAUUUUAUUAAUAAAUUUUAUGCUUAGUGGGGAAAAAUCUCAGAGUUGACGAGGGCCACACUAAAUGACUUGGUGGGCCGGUUUGUGGCCCAAUGGCUGCCUGUUGCACACCCCAGAUUUAUAUGCUAAAGUGGUUCUCUGAAUAAAUCUUUGUUCAGAACAAAAAAGAAAAGACAUAGGUUUUAAUCCAACAGUUGUUUUUUAACAAUUUUCGAAAUGGGACAUCCAAUUAGUGUGAAGUUGUAUUGCUGAGAUUUUUGUCAUGUUUUCAUUCUUCUCUAUUAGUGGUUAAUCAACCAUCAUCGGGUUUUUCCAAAAAUCACCAAAACAGAGAAAACCAGAAAGUUUAGGAAACGCUGCAUCAGAUAUAGUUGAAUUUUUGUCAUGCAUCAAGGCUGAAUUUUUAGGAUAAUCAGUAAAUAAUACAGUACAGAACGCUUAUUAGAUCCUAUGUACUAUUUUUAAACUUCACGAUAAGUAUCCAACUGUAUAACAUAUACUAUACACACAUAAUAGUAAUUUGUUACAUGCUGAUUGCACUUUUUCUAAACAGGUACAAAGACAUUGAAAGCAUAUAUAUAAGCAAUAUAAAAAUCAAGAUACCGAAAAAUAACAAUGUACAAUGAUAAGAGAUAGAAAUUGUUCGUUAAUUAAGAAAUAAUAAAGCUCACUAAUUAUAAAUGAGGAGUGUAAAAUAGAGAGAGUAUAUCCGUGACCUUUCCAUAGAUCAAUUUAGCCUUCUUUAGGCAAAAUAAGAUAUAACUUAAUUAAUCAGCAAAUAAUUAAUUUGUGAAAAAAAGUUUUGUUUGUUAUUCAUAUUUAUCACCGUCAUACUAUCACGUUCAAGAAUCCUUGUGACAACGGCCAAAUACGGAUAUGCAGUGAGAAAUAAAUAAAGGUUUCAAUACACAAUAUUUCGGUACUGGUACAAAUUAUCCUCAGUUAAUUUUCGAAAUGAUUCUGAAAAAUAAAUCAAGGUUUACUGUCAGCAAUGUAUGUGAAUUUUCCGAUUAACCCUUCACAUAAUUUCACA